AUGGCGCCUGGCUUUUCCAAGUGGGCGAGCAAGAUCAAGAAAAAGGUUCUUGGCUCGGAUUCUGAAGAUGAGUCCGCGUCGAAACAGCCUUCCACGGCACAGUCGACGACUUCCGGUCAUGCGACAAGCUCUUCAGCAGCUACGCCGACAAGAGUGACGGGUGUGAUUGCACAACCGGAAGCUACUUCAACUACCCAACCGGCAGCCCCUUCGACAGUCCAGACACCAGCAUCUCCAGCAGCGCCCUCGGCCAACCCGCAAUCAACUCAGCCGACAGUGUCAUCCACAGCUCCGUCCACCACAUUCUCGACGACCCAGCCAGCGGUCUCCUCGGUAACGCAGCCAGCCACCCAAUCAACCCCAACAACAUCCUCAAAUGAGCCAGCAGCACAUUUGCCAGCCCAGAUGCCGGCCUCCCUGACGUUUCGGCCUGUAGCUUCCCAACCACUCCAGCCACCAAUAUCUUCAACAGCCCACCUACCAGGAUCGCCAACACCACAACCAGUGGCCAGCCCACCAACCCAGUCGACAAUCCCACCCGUACCGCUAACGACCGCUACGCCGAGUGUGCCGCAGAGCCUCCCCGAACAACUGUGGAAGAAAGCAUACGAAAGCCUGAAAGACAAAGAACACGACCGAGUCAAGGCAUACGAGGAGGUCCUCUCCAAAUAUAAGAAGGAAUGGGCCGACACGGCAACUUCCCCCACUGUCCCGGACUUGGAGCACUGCAAAAGCGUCGAGUCGGCUGAGAUGUGGAAACUAGUCUACGCCGGAUUAGACAGGUCCAAGAAGCAAGCGGAAUUUAAGGGGGUCGUUGGGGACGUGCUUGGGACCGUGGAGAAGAUCAAGGGCAUUGUGGACAAGGCCGUCAAGUACUCGCCCGAGGCCUCUACUAUUUGGGCCGGCGUGUCUCUUGGUCUAGAGAUCCUCGCGAACCCCGUCACGGAGCCAGGCAUCAACCGCAAAGGCAUCGCCUACGUCUUAACAAGAAUAGAAUGGUACUGGAACCUGGCCGACAUUGUUCUCAGCAAAGACUUGGCCAGCUCAUCAUCUGCCAAGCUGCGAAAGAACCUCGAAAGUCAUGUGGUCGACCUCUACAAGAAGCUUCUCUUGUUCCAGAUGCGGAGUGUUUGCCUCUAUGAUCGCAAUGGGAUAUCUGUCAUCCUCAGAGAUUCAGUCAAGUUGGAUGAUUGGGCUGAUGAAAUCAAGGAAGUCAAGGACGCAGAGGCCCAUAUCGAAAAGGACUUGAUUCAGUUCACAGGCCAGGACAUGAGGGCAAAGCUCAACGAGAUCCGAGAUAUCGAUUGGUCUCAAGAAAAGGCCUUCAGGGACGAGGUUCGACGGCUGCAGAAGAGGGAACAAGACAAGGAUGACCAAGAGUGCCUUGUGGAUUUGCUGCUCACUGAUCCCCAGAGGGACAAAGAAAGGAUUCAGGCAAUCAGGGGGAGUCCACUCUGGGGCUCGUAUCACUGGAUCCUGGAGCACCCUGGCUACGACAAAUUCACCAAUGAUGCAUCAAGCCGGGCCCUCUGGAUAAAAGGUGACCCCGGAAAAGGAAAGACGAUGCUCAUCUGUGGCAUCAUCGAUCAUCUAGACAGGUCUACCGACCCGCUUUCCUACUUCUUUUGCCAGGCCACAGAGAAAGAUCAAUCCAGCGACACCGCUGUGAUGCGCGGUCUCAUCUACAUGAUACUCGAUCACUACCCAUCACUCAUGUCAAAGCUUCGCGUGGAGUACGACAAGAAAAAGAAGAAGCUAUUCGAGGGCCCCAAUACCAACUUACUUCUUGAAAAGGUCUUGACCGAGAUACUCCAGGAUCCGAUUCUCCAGGACGCAAUAUUCAUCAUCGACGCCUUGGAUGAGUGCAAGACGGGCAGAUCAAACCUCGUCAAACUCAUCGUGAAGCUCUCGAGCUCGUGCCGUGCCAAGUGGAUUGUAUCGAGUCGCGACUGGCCCGAGAUCAAAGAAGAGUUCAGAGGCAUCCGGGGGCUAGUUCCUAUCCCGCUUGAAGAUGAGGAAAACAAGAAGAAAGUUGCGCAGGCUGUUCAGUCAUACAUUCGAACAAAGGUAGAUGAUUUAGCCCAGAAUUGGGGCGACGACAAGAACUACAGCAAAGGCAAAAAGAAGGAUUUGAAGGAGACAGUCUAUGACUAUAUGGUUUCUCACGCAGAAGACACGUUUCUCUGGGUGGCCUUGGUGUGCCAACGGCUGGCCGAGUCUGAUGUGCCCAGACGCCGGGUCGAGGAAGAGCUCAGAAAGUUCCCAAAGGGCCUCCCUGAUCUUUACAAGCUCAUGAUGGAUCGAAUAUUGACAUCCUCUGAGUCUGAUCGGCUGAAGGCGGUUCUGGCCGCCGCCUGCCUCGCCUACGGCCAUCUCAAGUCAAACGACAUGAUCGAUUUUGUCGAUUUGAUGGCAGGAUACGAUGAGAUGGACGUCAAGGACACCAUUGGCUCUUGCGGAUCUUUUCUGACCUAUCAAGACGGCGCAGUCUACUUUAUUCAUCAGUCGGCCAAGGAGUAUCUUCUCAAAGAGGGCAGCGGUCACAUUUUCCCCCACAGAGUCGAGCACCAGCACUUGCAAAUGACCCGGCGAUGCCUCGAAACUCUUGAAUGUGGACUGAAGGAGAACAUCUACGGCCUGAGCUCUUAUGGCACACUCAUUGGCGAAUUCACACGUCCAAACCCUGAUCCAUUAUCUCCUCUCGAAUACUCGUGCCUUCACUGGGCUAGACAUCUGGUGGAGUCUGCCGCAUGCAGAAAGGACGUCAAGAUUGCCGACCAGGUGAUGCAUUUUUUGCAAAAUAAGUUCACCUUUUGGCUAGAGGCACUCAGUCUCCUUGGGCAGCUGCCAGUGGCAGUCAAGGCCACUAUCGAUAUUGAAUCAGCGCUGGGACCGGUAGAGGCCAGAGAUUUGUUCGAAUUCCUCCAAGACGCUCGCCGUUUCGUCCGCUAUCACAAAGCAGCCAUCGAGAUCGCCCCUCGCCAGGUCUACGCCUCGGCACUCGUCUUCAGUCCAAGAUGCAGCAAAGUUAGAGAGCGAUUCCAAAAGCAGAUACCCAAGUGGAUUGUGUCCGGACCCGAUAUGCAGGACGACUGGGACCCCUGCAUCCAGACAAUCUCUGCCAGUCCUUACCUCUUUGUCCGUAGUGUCGCCUGCUCUCCAGAUGGACAGCUAUUUGCGGCGGCGUGUGGAUAUGGAGCGAAAGUCUACGAUGCAACCUCGGGUGAAUGUGUCUAUACACUCGAGUUCAUGAACUACGUGCAUGUAGUCUGUGUCGCCUUUUCGCCUUGUGGCGGAAAGUUGGCCGCCGCAACUGAAAGUCAAGUCAGGAUUCUCCAAGUCGACACAUUUGAAUGUAUCCAAACACUUACGGAUGAUGCCGAGUUCUAUGCUGUUUCCUGCUUCGCUGAGUCCGUCAAGGUCUUUUACGUUCCAACCGGAGAAUGUAUUUAUACAUCCUUCCUGUGGGGCAACACGCCACUGGCCUUCUCUUCGGACUCCCGAGAGCUAUUCACGUACCUCGGCCCCACGAUAUACAAAGAAAAGCUGGACAAUGGGGUCUUUCGCACGCUGGGUUUAGGUCAGACCGGGACUUCAACAGCCAAUUUUUGCAUGAACACCCAAUUCGGCAAACUGGAGGUUUCGGGGCCAGCCGACGAGGACGUCAAGCUUGUUGGGUGGGGUCUGAGUUUUAGAAGAGAUUGGAUCUUGAGAGGAACUGAGCGUAUGAUUUUCAUUCCUACCGAGCACCGAAGGCUGAUCAUGGAUGCUAUACGGAAGAGGUUCGCCAUUGUCUGUCCUUCGGGUCGAAUUGUGACCAUGGAGGUUGCGUAG